GGUUUCGUAUGGAGAGUUCCGACUUGCAUUAGACUUCUCUCAAUACCAAAACUAUUCUAUUCUUCUUCUUCUUCGUUUCUAUCGAACCGACCAAAACUCCUGCUAUUUUUCGAUUCUUUUUUUCGUUUCAAAUUUUGUAUAUUCUUUCCUACUGUUUUUUUUUUCCCUCUAUCUUUUGCAUUGUGUUGAUAAUCAAACGGGUACCCUCAUCUCUGCUUGAUUGAAGCAGCAAGAAUAAAGCGUAUGGGGUUCACUAGCACUUUGAUGGGAAUUCUUGGUUGCUGGAUUGGGUUGCCCAUUGGCCUUUUCAUCGGCUUCUACUUCUUCAUUUACUCCAAACCUGAAGAUGUUAAGGUUCCAAAUAUCAGGCCUCUUUAUGAGCUUGACAUUGAUACAUUGCAAGAUCUUAUUCCCGAGAUUCCAUUAUGGGUGAAAAAUCCAGAUUAUGAUCGAGUAGACUGGUUAAACAAAUUUAUUUUAGACAUGUGGCCUUUUCUUGACAAGGCCAUUUGUAGCAAUAUCAAAAGCACAUGUGAGCCUAUUUUUGCGGAAUACGUAGGACAGUAUAAGGUAGAGAAGAUCGAGUUUGACAGUCUUACCCUUGGAACUCUUCCGCCAACAAUUCAAGGUUUAAAGGUGUACGAGACGAAUGAGAAGGAACUAGUGUUGGAACCAUCCAUAAAAUGGGCUGGCAACUCAAACAUUGUCGUCUCAAUAGUGUUGUUAUCUGCACGAAUUAGAGUCCAGUUAGUGGACUUGCAAAUUUUUGCCGCACCCCGAGUUAUUUUGAAGCCUCUUGUGCCCGCGUUUCCAUGCUUUGCAAAUAUUGUGGUAUCUUUGAUGGAGAAGCCACAUGUUGAUUUUGGAUUUAAAGUUCUUGGAGGCGACUUCAUGGCAAUUCCAGGCCUAUACCGAUUUGUUCAGGAAACGAUCAAAAAGCAGGUGGCAAUCCUUUAUCAUUGGCCCCAACGUCUUGAAAUACCAAUUCUUUCCCCCUCUUCGGUGACCAUAAGGAAGCCUGUUGGAAUAUUGCAUGUAAAAGUCAUACGAGCAAUGAAACUCUUGAAAAUGGACUUACUGGGAUUAUCUGAUCCUUACGUCAAACUAAGCUUGAGUGGAGAUAGGUUGCCUGCCAGGAAGACGUCCAUCAAGAAGAAGACCUUGAACCCUGAGUGGAAUGAGACCUUCAAACUUGCUGUGAAGGAUCCAGAAUCCCAAGUUCUUCACAUCGAUGUGUUUGACUGGGACAAGGUAGGUGGACAUGACAAACUGGGGAAACAAGUAUUUCCUUUGAAGAAACUGCAAGCGAACGAGACAAAGGAGGUUACUCUCGACUUGCUUAAAAGCACGGAUGCAUGCGAUCCAGACGACAUGAAGCAGAGAGGGCGAGUCGUGGUUGAGUUGACAUACGCUCCUUUUCGAGAAGAGAGUGAUGGAUUCAGCGGUCUUCUAGGCAGCUUUAACAGGAAAGAGAGCAAUGGUGAAGGAUCAUCCAGUUUCGAUGUUAGCCCCAGGCCCGGGGGAGCAGGUCUGCUAAUGGUUACUGUCCAAGGAGCCGAGAACGUUGACGGUUCUCGACAUAACAAUCCAUAUGUGGAGGUAUUCUUCAGAGGUGAAAAGAAAAAAACCAAGGUUAUUAAAAAAAGUCGAGAUCCACAAUGGGAUGAAGAGUUCCAGUUCAUGGUUGAAGAGCCGCCCGUGCGUGAGAAGAUUCACCUACAAGUCAUCAGUAAAAGGAAAGGCCGCUUCGUCUACGGAUCAAAGGAAUCAUUGGGACACGUAGACAUAAACCUGGACGAUGUGAUCCACAACGGUCGGAUAAAUGAGAAAUAUCAUCUCAUAGAUUCCAAGAAUGGAGUAAUACAUGUAGAGCUGCGCUGGAAAACUAUAUGAAUUACUUCCCUCGCUAAAUCAUGUAUUAUAAUACUUUAUUUUUUUCUCUCUUUUUUGAGUUUUUUCUUUGGGUGAAAUUCUCUCAUUUUGAGUUUGGGAAGUAGUUUCCCAUGUUGUAUGUAUGCAUAGUCUCCAAAUAUUAUGUACCUCAAAAAAUAUAUAAAAAUAUUGGCAUA